AUGGCGUCCGAUCAGCUGUCCUCCACGCCGGCGUCACCGAGCGACUGCUACACCGUCGGCUACGCGCUGCUGCCCGACAAGGUGAGCAGCGUCGUCCAGCCGUCGCUCGUCGCGGUGGCCGCGGCCCGCGGGGUGCGCCUCGUCGCGGUCGACGUGUCGCGGCCGCUGGCCGAGCAGGGCCCGUUCGACCUCCUCGUACACAAGAUGUACGGGCAGGGGUGGCGCGCCCAGCUGGAGGGCUUCGCCGCGCGGCACCCGUCCGUGCCCGUCGUCGACGACCCCGCCGCCAUCGACCGCCUCCUCGACCGCGCCACCAUGCUCGACGUCGUCUCCGGCCGCCGCGUCGCCGCCGCCGCCGCCACCGGCGGGAAGGCGGCUGCCGCCGUGUCCGUCGCCGUGCCCAGCCAGGUGGUGGUCCACGACGCCGCCGACCUCGCCAACCUCCGCCUCCGCUUCCCGCUCGUCGCCAAGCCGCUGGCCGUCGACGGCAGCGCCGCGUCGCACGACAUGCGCCUCGUCUACCGCCGCGACGGCCUGCGCAGCGGCGGCCGCCUCCUCCGCUUCCCGCUCGUCCUCCAGGAGUUCGUCAACCACGGCGGGGUGCUCUUCAAGGUCUACGUGGUGGGCGACCGCGCCACGUGCGUGCGCCGCAGCAGCCUCCCCGACGUGCCCGGCCACCUUCUCCUCGACCUCCGCGGCGGCGAACCCUCCGUCCCGUUCGCCAACAUCUCCAACCAGCCGCUCCCUCCACCCGACGGCGACGGCGACGCCGACAUGCCGGCCGCCGGCUUCGUCGACGACGUGGCCCGCGGGCUCCGGCGCGGGCUGGGCCUGCACCUGUUCAACUUCGACAUGAUCAGGGAGAGGAGCGACGACGAGCACGGCGACCGGUACUUCAUCAUCGACAUCAACUACUUCCCUGGGUACGCCAAGAUGCCCGGCUACGAGAAGGCGCUCACGGACUUCUUCCUUGACAUGGUUCGCGGUUCAAGACCUGCUGCUCAUGAGCAGCUCGGGCUGGGCUCGGGCCUCGACAUGGAGGCCCGUAGGCUCGAGCACGGGCUGGGCAUCGGUUUGAGAGAACUGGAGACUAGCCGAGCUCAAGCCUAG